GUGUAAGCUUUCCUCCAUUUAAUAAUUCUUUGCGAGUCACGUCUUGCCACAAUAGAAACACCAUGUGAAGUCACAGUGACAUAAGAGACGUGAUCGUCUUCGAUCCAAAGUCCUCUCAGGCUAUAAGCCGUGCCUUGAUCGAGGACGAUAGACACAGCGAAACAUGAAUUCUCUCCUCUUCUCGCUCUCGACCAUCGUCGCCGUGCUAGUCGCGCCAGCAGUGGCUCAAAGCGGCCAAGCAACAUUCUACAGCCCAUACGUUCCCUCGUCCUGCUAUGGCUUCGACACGAGCAAGUUCCCGCCGGGAAAUCUCAUUGCUGCAGCAAGCAAGGACCUGUUUAGAAACAAAGAGCUGUGCGGGGCUUACUUCGAGAUAACUUGCAAAGGCGCUGUGUCCGGCUCCGGAGGCUGUUCGGGAACUCCCACUGUCAAGGUGAGAGUCGUCGACCUGUGCCCCGGAUGCCACGCAAACUCGUUUGAUCUCUCCAUCGAGGCAUUCUCUCGCAUCGCCAAGCUCGACGUUGGCCGGAUCAAGAUAACGUCCCGCAGGGUGUCCGGUGUUGGCGAAGAAGAAGAAGGCGAUGAGAUUGAGAUGGUCGUUGGUCGAGCGAUGGAGCCGUGAUCAUCAACUUUAAAAGUACUUUGCCAUCUGGAUUUCCUUCUUGGAGUACCCGCACUUUUCAUAAAACGCAGCGUUCUCGGGCUUACAAUCGAGAAUCACCUGCGCAUAUAUAUACAUUCCCAGUUGAUAAAAGCUCUAAGAAGAUUGCAAGGUACCUUGUAACACCCA